AAGCAUGAUGUGGAUUGCAUGUUUAUACUUAUCAUAAAUGCUAGUGCAAAAUUUAAAAUAUUUAAGCUUUAUCAAUACACUUCAUUGGGUAUAAACAUAUGUUUUUGUUUAUUGGUUAUUUUCAACUGUAACUUGUAGAACCUUUUGAGUUUAAAACUUAAUUUUUAUUUUUUUUCUUUCGAUAAAUAAUCGUAUUGAUAGUUUUAUAUUCUUUGCCCUUUGCUGAUGAUGGGUUGAAGGGGUGCAUCUAUUAAAAUUUCAUCCUUUGGGUAUCAAGCUGUAUUUGGAUUUAGCCUCGAUUUGAAGUACGAACUCUCUCCUCAUUUCUCCUGACAACAGUUUUUAUUUUUGCUACGUUAAAAGACGAUUAGUCACGUCACUGUACAAUUGAAUUUGGAAAUGGGAGUCCUGGUUACACCCCCCCGCCCCCCAAUAUUUCGUCUUUAGAUAGCUAUUAUGCUUAGAUGUGAAUUCUAUCGACAGCUGAGAACCCAAAAUUAAAGAUGAACUUUGCACCCCUUUUUUUUUCUUAAUCUAACUCAUUCCAAAUUCGAUUAAAAUGUAUACCAUUGCACUGUCAUUCCGGUAAGCGUGGAACAUCAAUGGAUCAUGUCAUACACGGUCAGAAAAAUGUAAGAAGAAGACAAAACAACCGUCACAGGCGAAGCCACGUUCCUCUGGUCGCGGCGUACCCCUAAUAGAGAAGCCUGGAUCAGUCAGGCGUACGGUGCCGGUUUCUGGAAGCAGAUCACUAGUCUCCGCACCAGCGCUCGGGGAGCGGCGGCGGCCGGUGAGAGCUUUGGUACCGAUGCCUUAGGGAUGCGCGUUGAAUCUGGUUCAGGUGAGACCCGCAUUUGAGGCGGAGAAAGCAAUAAGAAGCGAAAACCCGGUUCCGCCCCUCCAUCUCUUCCUUGUAUUUUCUCCAACUUUGUGGCGUACGACGGUAUUCCAGGCGAUUCACACUACCACUGCCGAGCUGUGAUGUAGCGACGGGGGAACCCCGGCACUCGUGGCCACCGUUUGGGCGAUCCAGGUCUCCUCCUACCCAAUCCAUCGUCCAUCUCCCAUCUCCGUCUUCUUUCCUCCCCUUACCCCUAUCUAUCUUAACCCACCAGAUCUAAGCCUUCCGUUUCCUCUCCCUCUUCCUUUUCUCUAUCCAAUUCAUCAAUUGCUUCCUUUCUUGAUGCGUCUGAGCCAUGGCGUCCUUCCGUCGAGCUCUCUCGGCGGCUAGCCACAUCCACAACGAUCGGUCCCUCCACAAUCACACCCUCCCUUCUUGCAUUUCCACCAGUCGCCAUCACCCCCACUCCUGCUGCUCUUUCUUCGCGGUUCGCCGGCUCUUCGAGGGCGUCUUCCUCCGGAAGCCCUUCCGUGGCAAGCCGCUGCCGCCGCAGCAGCACCAGCACCACCACAAUUCAUGGAAGAGGUACCUCUCCCGCUUGCUCCUCUUCUUCCUCCUCGGCUUCGUCUUCGGCCUCUACCCAUUCGCGGAGGUUGACGACUUCGUCUUGCGGCCCCACCACUUCUCCUUUGAUUCAUCGCCCUCCAUCAGCCGUAACGGUAGCCUUCCGCGCCGUGAUCUCGCGGCAGUCCUCCGGCCCGGCGACGCAGAGAUCGAGAUCGUGCGAUCUGAUGACGGCCACCGGUACUCGAACGACGAGCCCCUUCCGAACGACCUACCGGAUCCAUCGCCGCCCAGGAAUAAGUUGCUGAUCGUCGUGACGCCCACAUACAACCGCGCCUCCCAGAGCUACUACCUUAGCCGCCUGGGCCAGACGCUGCGGCUGGUCCCGCCGCCCCUCCUCUGGAUUGUGGUGGAGAUGAACGCGGCCUCGAUGGAGACCGCAGAGAUUCUCAUGGGCACUGGCGUCGUGUACAGGCAUCUCGUCUGCAAGAAGAACUCGACCAAUAUCAAGGACAGAGGUGUCCACCAGCGGAACACCGCACUUGAGCACAUCGAGCGGCAUCGUCUGGAUGGGAUCGUGUACUUUGCGGACGACGAUAACAUCUACUCGCUCGAGCUGUUCGAGGAACUGAGGGAGAUCAGGAGAUUUGGUGUUUGGCCUGUUGCAAUGCUUUCUCAAAGCAAAAAUAAGGCAAUAUUGGAAGGCCCAGUGUGCAAUGGAAGUCAAGUAAUCGGAUGGCACACUAAUGAGAAAAGCAAGAGACUUAGGAGAUUUCAUGUUGAUAUGUCUGGAUUUGCAUUCAAUAGCACCAUACUCUGGGACUACAAAAAAUGGCAUCGUCCAAACUCAGAUGCCAUUAGGCAGCUAGACACGGUGAAAGAGGGUUUUCAGGAGACUACAUUUAUAGAGCAGAUAGUAGAGGAUGAAAGUCAAAUGGAAGGCUUACCAAAUGAUUGCUCAAGGAUCAUGAAUUGGCACCUCCAUUUAGAAGGUGGAGAUCUUGUUUAUCCUGAAGGAUGGCAACUCUCAGGCAACCUUGAUGCCAUUAUUCGCUUAACAGAGAACAUGCAUCUUUUGCAAGGAAAGCACUUUACAUAGGACAAGUUCAAAUGCUAUAACACUUCAGAUAGCAUAGCAGCUGCUCAAGGUUGGGCGAGCACGAUUGAGAUUGCAUUGUAUGUUCCAUUCAAAAAUUCUUUCAAGAUUACAGACCAUCAUUACUGUCAUACUGUUUCAUUUGGGGAUGCGUGGAAGGUAUAUAUAUCCCCAUCUAUGUACAGACUCUUUCAUACGAGGGCUCAGCAUUUUGGGAUAUACUGGUUUUCAUUUUUCUUUUCACCCCCUUUUUCUUCUUGUAAGAAGCUUUUAUUCAGCUCCAACGUUUGUGUUUGAUAAAUAUCUGUGCUCUCAACUUGUUUCUCUAUAGCUUGCUGAUCAGUAGUUUCUCUUGCUAGUUACGGAUAUCUGUAGAAGUUGGCCUUCAGAAUGAUGCAGCCAGUAUGGAAUUUGAGAGUUUGACUUCAUUGUGUAUGGGAGUUGAAAAUUUAUAGGCUUCAUGACUUAUUGCUAUGUUACAUAUCACAUUCUUAUGAAAGAACGUGCAUCAUCUUUGUUGA